AUGGCUUCUCUAAGGCAAUGGACUCUGUUGUCCCUCCCUCUCGUGGUGGUUGCUUUCACCUUCCCCCCGAUCUCUCCGGUCCUCGGUGACACUGAUCCCCAAACUCAAAGCUUGAUUGAUAACAUAUGUCGCCAAAUGGAGGACUACGGAUUCUGCAACAAUGUGUACCAAGAGCAGCUCAAGGGCGGCUCUUCGGAUAUGCGUGGGCUGGCACAAAUUGCUCAGAAGCAGGCACUAAACAACGCGACCCAGAUUCGCAUCUUCAUUAUGGACCUGCUUGGGAGGACGACCGAUCAGGCCCAGAAGGAUGCCCUCACUGAGUGCCAGUCUGCGUACAACACCGUAAUCGACCAGUUCACACAGGCUUGGUUCUAUUUCCUCCAGCUCGAGUCUUACCACGAAGUGCUCACCUUUGAGAGGAUAACGCCCCGGGUACUAGCGAGCUGCAAUUCAAGCUUUGACACUCCAGAUCAUCCGCCAAACCCACUAGUCGAGCAGAACCGGGAGCAGAGGAUUCUCAUUACCAUGGCUCUGGUCUCUACCUCAUUCCUGACCCAAUAA